CUCAUCCUGCGUCUUUAUCUACACCUUUUUGUCCUUGUUUCUUUGCAGCCCAUAUCUUUUUUCUUUCUUUCCCUCGUUAUAUAUUCUUAGAUUGAUUAAUUUUUAAAUGUCUUCUUCUUCCUCAUCUGAAGAUGGCAAUGGAAAUGGCAGCGGUCGUCAUUAUGGUGCAGGAAGCAGCAGAGCAGGUGAAUAUGAAGGGCCAUCAAGGACUCGUCCACGUGCCAUUAACGAGGUUUGGCCUGAGCCAUUUGUAGAAGCCCUUGCUGCUCAGGUGGCCAUUGAUGCUUCUCGCAUUCUUGGCCGUCUCGCCGCAGCUCAGGCCCUCGCUAAUGUUUUUCAGGUCUGUUCUACGUGGCGAGCCGUAUCACGUUCAGAUAUGCUGUGGCGUCGCCUCACUCGCCGUAUCUGGGGUCGUACCCAUCUCUUACACGACACCUGGCGUGACGAGUACAUUUACCGUCACCGGACGGCGAGGAAUUUCCGUACCCGCACAUCAUCUCAUUUUAAUCUUCAUUUUGAUCCAGCAGAUGUUGAUGACCCUAAUGAUCCUGACGCUCUCAUUUGCCGUUGCCUUGCUCUCUCCGACUAUCAUCUAGCUUGUGGCUUCUCAGAUGGUGCUGUCCGCUUGUUCGAUCUCCGCACGCGCCACCACACUCGCACCUUCCGUCCCCAGCACCGUGACCGCCUAGGCCGCUUCUCUCGCGCUGUCACGGGUAUAAUCAUAACGAGCACCCGCUUGGUUUUUGCUACGCUGGAUGGAGACAUCCACGUGGCAAUCAUAACCAGCAAUGCCCCUCCACGUAGGGUCCAUUAUGGUGACGUGGUGACUGACGGGGCAUUAGUGGAUUUUACGGGCCGUGGACAAUGGUGGGUGGGCCUCCACGCUGGAGUUCCAGGCCGAGCUUUUCAUAUAUGGGACAGUAAUACUGAAGAGCUGACUUUCGUCGGCGGGUUGUUGACCGACCCGGACUCAGUCACAGGCUGGCACACACUGACCGAGUUAACAGAGUUGGUAGGCCGAGUUAGAGUCACGAGCUUAGAAUCGGCCGUGGCAUGCACGAGUUUAAGACGAAUGGCAUUUGAUUUAAGAAACCAAGCGGUAAUAUUGCAUGAGGAAGAGUACAGGAGAGGUAACAUAGUGGGCUGUUUUGACGUAUGGAACGAGGCGUAUAUUGAAGUGAAUAACCGAGGAACCGCUAGAGUGCGCCGGGUGGAUACGUUACAGGAGAUAUGCAGGUUUAACAUAAGGCCACAAAGGGGAAUGUUAGGGUGCAUAAACGGAGGGUACGCGCUAAUAUGCGCAGGGGGUGUGAUUAGGGUAUGGGAGAUAGAACGGACAGGAGAAUAUUUGGAUAGUUUUGGGGACGGAGUCGGUGAGGUCAACGCAUUAGUAGGGAAUGAUAGACACGUGGCAGCAGCAUCAGGUGACGCGACAAUACACGUAUGGGAUUUUGGGGCAGAGUAGGUAGAGGGAGUAGGAGUAGGACUUGACAGAAAGUAGGGGAAUAGAGAGGGUUAUGCAAGGGAUGGUGACAGGAGGGGUGAGGUUAUCAAAAUAAUAACUGACUCGAGAGAGAGAUGUGUACUUAGUGACUUUGACAAAUGAGGUGAGAUGAGAUGUGGAUGGGCGUGUGAAACGCUAUUUUGGGGACUGUUUUAGGUUUGACCGUAGAAGUUGAAGGAUGUGUUUGGUUAUCAAGUUAUUAGUAUUAUUAUUAUAUCUUGGUUAUUAACUUAGUCUGUUGUUUUAUGGCUUUUUUUUUUUUUUUUUUUUUUU